AUGAAAAAAAUUAUUGAUAGUUUAAACACAGACAAAGUUUUAAUACCAUGUCAUGAUUCUGUUGUUUUUCCAAAACUAUCUAACGAAAAACAGAAAGAAGCCAUACAGAGAUUGCCAACAGAUCCAAACAAAACAGCAAAUUUACAUUGUCAAUUACUUGUUGUAGUUGGAAUGAUUUAUGAUCUAACAGUUAAUGUAGACACUGAAGAUGGAUUAGCUAAUGGAGCUUCUUGUAAUGUAAAACAUCUAGAAUACAAGCAAGUAGAGACAAAUCGACCAAGUGUAAUAUGGGUGCAGUUUGAUGAGGCAAAUGUUGGAAAUGAAACGAGGAUAAAAUAUAAAAACCGAGGAUUUUGUCAUACAGAAAUAAAUCAUAAUUGGACACUGAUAUUUGACAUCGAAAGGUCUUUAACAUAUAAUAAAAAGACAUUUGAAAGGAUUCAGUUUCCUUUGCAACCGUCUGCUGGGCGUUCUGUUCAUAGAGCACAAGGUACUACUUUAGAAAGUGCUGUAAUUACCUGUCUCAACGGAAAACACGGAAAGUUCCACACCUACAUUAUGUUGCAUUCAGUAGAGUUAAAUCGUUAG